AAAAAAAAAUAAAAAAAAUAAUCAAAUAGAUACCAUUUCGAAAUUUAAAAUAAUAAUAAUUAAAUAAUUCCUAAAAUAGAAUUUCAAAAAAGUUACCACUACCAACAAAUUGCCAAAAUAAAACUGCUUUAAAACAAUCGAUUGAAAAUUACCAAUUUUUUUUUUGUUUAAACAAAAUAAAUAUAAUAUAGAUACACAUACUUACAUAGAUAGAUAUUUUGGUAAUUGAAAUUACAUGUAAAUAAGAGUUAACUAAAUCGUGGUAAAGAAAGUGAUUGUAAUUUUAUUUUUUAAUCAAUUACCCUUUCGGGUCUACACUAUUUUCGGGUAAAAAGAAAAGCCAAAUUUUAACUUAAAAAUGUCACGUCGUAAUCCUAACCUCAAAAUGAAGCUCACUGCCGAGCCGGAGGUUCCAGUAACACCACCGAGAAAUCUCGACCAGCGGACAACAAUCACAAUUGGUGACAAUACCUUCGAAGUUGACGCUGAUGGUUUGGAGAAAAUCUGUGAUCUUGGUAGAGGAGCCUAUGGAAUUGUGGAAAAGAUGAGGCAUACACAAACUGGCACAGUGAUGGCUGUGAAACGUAUAACUGCCACAGUUAAUAUGAAGGAGCAAAAACGACUUCUUAUGGAUUUGGACAUAUCCAUGCGAUCAAGUGAUUGCAUGUACACAGUACAUUUCUAUGGUGCACUGUUUCGUGAAGGAGAUGUUUGGAUUUGCAUGGAAGUCAUGGACGCUAGUUUGGAUAAGUUCUAUCCGAAAGUAUUCAAAAACAACCUUAAAAUGGAAGAAGAUGUUUUGGGAAAAAUUGCCAUGUCAGUUGUGAAUGCUCUGCAUUAUUUGCACGCCCAGUUGAAGGUUAUUCAUCGGGAUAUUAAACCAUCAAAUAUUUUGGUUAAUCGACAAGGAGAAGUUAAAAUGUGCGACUUUGGUAUAUCUGGUUAUCUUGUUGAUUCAGUUGCCAAAACUGUAGAUGCUGGAUGCAAACCCUACAUGGCGCCUGAACGAAUCGAUCCUACCGGCAAUCCACAGCAGUAUGAUAUUAGGUCAGAUGUUUGGUCAUUAGGAAUAAGCAUGAUUGAAAUGGCUACAGGCAAGUUCCCUUACAAAACGUGGACAACACCUUUUGAACAACUGAAACAGGUUGUAACCGAUAAUCCACCUCGCCUAGAACCCAACACAUUUUCUCCCGAAUUCGAAGAAUUCAUAACGAGUUGCUUGCAGAAAAAAUACGAUGCACGCCCCAAUUACGAUCAACUGCUAAAGAGUGCGUUCAUAUCCGAUCACAUAAGUAGAAACACCGACAUAUCGGGCUUUGUUGGCAAAAUCUUAGAUCUUCCAGAAUAGUCCAUACCCAAUGGAUGUUUUCUUUGUUAAAAAUCAUGUUUUUUGCAUGCAGCAAUGCUGCGUUUGAAAUCAGCCCAGUAUGUUUAAAACAAUUGUUGUUGAUGCACUUAAACUAUAUACAUUUAUUUAUUAAUUCAAGUUAACUUUAACAAAAAAAAAAAAAACAAAACAAAA